GUCACUAAGUAUGGGAAAGAAAGGCCACUCUGAGCUGAUGUUGCUCCUCUUCACGAUGGCUGUGCUUUGUCUAGAAGCAAAGAUACACAAAACUGUUUACAUUUCUUUUCAGAAACUCACUUGGGAUGAAGCAAGAAAGCACUGCCAGGAAAACUAUAUCGACAUGGUUACCUGGGACGUAGUAAACCCCGAGCUGCUGAAUGAAUUGUUGAAGGAAGAAGACGACAGUAACUUCUGGAUUGGUUUACAUGAGGAUCCUGAGCAAUUGUUGUUCUGGAGUUGGAUCAAUGUAAAAACUGGUAUAGGCUUGACAGGAGAUAGAGUCAAUGACAGUGAGAGCUGGCACCUCACGCUGCAAUCGUCUGGUAGCUGUGGCUCUUAUAACAGCCGAACCAAAAAGUUAGAAAGCGAGUUAUGCACGAAACAGCUUCCCUUCAUCUGCUUUGGUGACAACCUGAUUAUAGUGGAUGAGAAAAAAACAUGGGAGGAUGCACUAAAUCACUGCAGGAAAAAGAUAACUGUAUCCUCCAAAUCUGACCUCUUGAGCAUUACCAACCCAACUGACUACUACUACGUCACUGAUCGGAUCUACAGAGCCACCACUGAGGAGGUUUGGACAGGCUUGCGUUUUCUGGGAGGGGAGUGGUGGUGGUCAGAUGGAGAGACUUUGGACCACCAAGAGACGCUGCCGGGGUGCCCCAGCCAGUGGCAGCACUGUGGCACCCUGUCCAAAAAUAACAAGGGAUUCUGGAUCACCAGAGACUGCUCAGAGAGGAGGAACUUCAUCUGCUAUUAUGAAAAAGUAGCCGAACAGAAGGAAUAUGUGUAACUCUAUUCACUGUUGAUGUGUAUAGUCCCAUGCUUGCUUUCCACUGAUGUAGCAUUUUGUUGUGAUAGACGAACAUUUCAAUUCAUAAGUUGAUAAAUGUAAAAACAUGCUUUUUAUUUGUUAAUAGUGCCAAAGCAUAGAUAUUUUAACACAGAGAGGUCCAAGAUGGUAAUAAUCUGUGUAUGUAAAGCUGGACUUAGGGCUGAGGAGCAAUAUUUAAAUAUUCAACCAAAAGCAGCAAGUAGUUUGAUUUAUGUUAUUUAAUUAUCUCUUAUCCUAUCUCUAAUUGCUUUUGCAUGGUCACGCUGUGGUAGAGUUUUUACCACCGUUGUCAACAGCAAAGAACAAGGUAAUGGAAUUCAUACAGAUGAUUU